CUGCGGCUCGUGUGUUGGCGCACCGCCGGUCGUGCAGGGCUGCGCAAUGCCAACCGCGCAGCGGACGCCUCUCGGGCGCUCACGCGCUUGAUCCCCCGCGACCAGCAGCCGCACGUUCAUCGUGCGGCGAUCGCGAUCAUGGGGUUGAUUCCCCCGCCGCUGCGAGUACCCUCCGCGAGCGUGGCGCACGGGAGUCCAUUUCAUCGCGCGCUGCGUCUGUUGCUAGGUGUGCUGCUGCUGGCGUCGCGGGGCCGCUGGGAAUGCGUGCAUGCUCAGCAGCACGGCGCAGCAGGGACAGGGAUGCAGCAGACGCCUCUUAACGGAGCCGCCACCACCACCCCCCUCCCAUGGUCGUCUGUUCCACAGCAGCAGAAUCUACAGCAGCAGCAGCAGCAGCAAGGGGGGGGUGGCGAGGUGCAGCGGUGGUAUCUAGACAACAGUGAGCUCGAGGCGUUCCUCAGGUCCUAUGUGGACCGAUGCAGCCACAUGGCACGCCUCUAUAGCAUCGGCCGCAGUGUGCUGGGCGUGCCUCUGUGGGUGCUGCUCAUCACUUUGAACCCAACUGAAAAGCGCCCUCGCUUCACAUUCAAGUACAUAGGCGGUGUGCAUGGGGAUGAGCCGCUGGGGCGGCAGCUGCUGCUGUACCUGGCGGACUGGCUGUGCAACAACUACCCCUCGCACCCCCUCGCGAGGGAGGUGGUGGAGGGGGUGGAGCUGCACCUACUGCCAGCAAUGAACCCCGAUGGCUUCACACUGCACACCAGGGAGAACGCCAACCGAGUCGACCUCAACCGCGCCUUCCCUGACCACUGGUUCACGGAGAUGAAUGCGGAGGAGGCGGGGCGGCAGGCGGAGGUGCGCGCUGUGAUGCGGUGGACGCAGCGCCACCACUUCAGCGCCUCCGCUAGCCUGCACGGGGGAGCACUGGUGGCGAGCUAUGCGUGGGACGGCACCAAGGAUAGAGGCACGCACUACGCCGCCUCACCAGACGACGCCACGUUCCGUCUGAUGGCCACCACCUAUGCCGCCAGCCACCCCUCCAUGGCUCUCUCGCGUGACUUCCCUGGCGGCAUCACUAACGGCGCCUCCUGGUACCCUUUGUACGGGGGAAUGCAGGACUGGAACUACGUGGAGGCGCGCUGCAUGGAGAUCACCCUCGAGCUGCACAUCGCCAAGUGGCCCUCGCCCUUCCUCCUGCCUCAGCUGUGGGAGGAGCACCGACCGGCCCUGCUCGCCCUCCUCACCACCACUGCCAAGAUGGGGGUGCAAGGCACGGUGCUCUCUGCAGCCACCUCGGCGCCCCUGCCCGCCACCAUCGCUGUGCUGGGCAUCGACAUCCAGGAGUGUGGGGCUAACUGGGCAGGAGUGUGGGGCUUAGGGGAGAGCGGGGUGGAUGGCCAUGAGGGGGAUGCAAGCGGGGUGCAUGCACCAUCCGGCAUGGUGGGUGGGGCGGGCAUGGUGGGUGGGGCGGGCAUGGAUAGCGGAGCGCCCACCAUGAGGCAGGAGCAAGGAGGAGAUGGCAGUGCCAGGUCUACCAUGAAGUGCUACGCUGGAGUUCUUUGGGGUUACAGCAAUGCCAUGUUGCUUUCCUUUCCUCAUGCGUGCUACGUUGGAGUUCUGUCUCGGUUCCUCCGCCUUGCCCUCUCUUUUACUUUCGCCCUCUCUUUUACUUCGCUCCAUGGACCCGCUUGUCCCUAUCUCCCACUCCCCUGCCGCUGCCCUUUCCCCCUUGCUUCCCCAACUGCCCCCCUCUACUUCCCAGUGACCAUAUCACAUCCGGGGCACAUCAACCACACCACCAACAUCACAGUGUUCGCAGGCCGCCCCACGCUGCUGCACGUCCUUCUCCGCCCCUCCUCUCCCCCCUCCCACCACGCCCCCUCCAUCUUCCAAACCCGCUCCUUGGCCCCCCCGCCCGCCCAACCCUCGGGCCUCGCCGCCUGGCUACCCUGGCACUGGGGCAGCAAGAGAGGAGACGCCACGGGAAAGCAGGGAGUGACAAAGGGGGGAGGGCAGGGAGGCAGGGCGGGGGGGGCAGAUGAUCCGUCACUGGUGCUGCCUUCACGGCAGCAGGCAGCAGCGGCGGCGGCAACAGGGGGCGUGUUGAGUAGCGAUGAGGUGAUGUGGGCGGUGGGCAUGGGCAGCAGUGCAGCGCUGGCAGCGGCAGUGGUGGCGGUGGUGCUGCUGGGAGGGCUGCUCAUGAUGGUGGGCCACCGUCGCCGCCGGUUUCUCUUCCCCCACCGCGGCGGCCUGCCUCUACGCUCGCUGCCGAAAUGA